AUUAUCAUACUGUAUACUGCAAUUUAUAUCACCCACAAUGAGAAAUAUGAGCAUUUCUGAUGUUAUGCCUGCAGAUGAGGACCGGCUGUCACGAAGGAAGAGUAUCGUGGACACCGUGUCCAUUCAGGUGGACCUCCUUCCUGGAAACGGUGCAGAAGAUAAGGUCAACAGCAUGGAGGAAAUUACCUUUGAAGCACUGAAGAAGGCAAUAGAUAACACCGGCCUUGAAGAGCAGGAGAAGGAGAAGAGACGCCUUGUCAUCGAGAAGUUUCAGAAAGCUCCCUUCGAAGAGAUUGCGGCACAGUGCGAGACCAAGGCGAACCUCCUCCAUGACCGACUGGCUCAGAUCCUGGAGCUCACCAUUCGGCCCCCUCCCAGCCCUUCGGGGACCCUGACCAUCACCGCCGGCUGCCCCCAUUACCAAUCUGUUCCCGUCUAUGAGAUGAAGUUUCCGGAUCUUUGUGUGUAUUGAGGGCUCUGCUGGGAAUUAUUGUAGUCCUAGAGCACACACUGUGUAAAGCCCAGAAGGAGUUCCUAACUCUCUUCACUCUUUGCCACAAUUUAAUCGAGUUUUCAAACACGUCCAUGAACUCGAAGGGCAGCUAGGCUGGGAUUGCACCUGAAAUAUCUUUUAUUUUGUACACGCUAUUCUCAAAGCGGUUGCGAAGAAAAAUGAAAAGCGGAAGACGGUUUAUUUUUGGGCAGCUGGUUUCAUGGUUUGGAAAUAAGGGUGUGCUUAGGUUUAUAGUUCCACUUUGUCUAUAAGUUCUGGGCUGGCUCGUUUCCUAUCAAAAACUUUUUCGUAACGUAAAUCUUGAGCACCUUAAAACAAUACAAAGUGGAAACUUUGCUAUCAUUAACUAAAGGAUGAUGCUAAAUACUAGGCCACGUUGAAGAACUGGCAUGUGCCCACAAUAGUUAAAUCUGAACCAUAGUUGCUUUCUCAAAAAUUCUAUGCUUCUGCAAAUAGUUGUCACAUGCACUGUUCUGAUAAAAAAAAGGCCUCAUUUUGAGCUUUAAAGCCUGCAGUAUUUUUUCAUGUCUUAAAAAAAAGUCUAGUCUACAGUCCAUACUUUGAGGGAAAAUUUAUUUUUUACUGCACAAUGGUAUAUAGAUGAUAUAAAUAUAUAUAGUAUAUAUUUAGUAUAGCACAAGGUAUUACUAAGGGCAUUUUCAAAUGAGAGGGUUUUUAAAAACACAUUUCUGAAAUUGUAAUAGAAGAGUUGGUUAUUCUAUGAUCUAUUUCUCUCUGUAAUAUAGUGGCGAUAGUGAUAUUUUAUUAACUGAAAAACAAAAAAUACGGAUGGCGCCCACAGGCAACUUAGUAUUCUUAUUGUAAUGUACCUGCUCCCCCCUUCUUUUUCCACCUGCCAACUGCCAUUUCUCUCCUCAAGGCGUCCUGCUCAAGAUAUUCCCCGUUUCUGAUGCCUUUUCAUUAACACACAUUACACAACGGGGUGGAUAUUAAAUGUUUAGCCUGUCCUACCAAUAACUUCAAAAGCUCAAUAAAUAGCUGGCAAGCUUUGGCAAUUUAACAUGUACCAUAGUUGCCAGUUUGCUAAGGGGGCGGGGUGUGAUUGAUAUAGGUUUGGCCCCGGGGACACAAAUUGGGGAGAAGUCUUAGGAAUUUUUUUAUUUUUUUUAAAAGAAAUUUGGCCAGCCUGUUAAAAGAGCCGAACUCCGGACGUACUCAGUGUAACCAAGGCCUUUUUUUCAGUUU